AUACACUAUAUUGACAAAAGUUUUGGGCCAGCCCUCCAAAUCACUGGAUUCAUGUGGUCCAAUUACCUCCAUGGCCACAGGUGUAAACAUUAAGCACCUAGGCAUGCAGACUGCUUCUACAAACAUUUGUGAAAGAAUGGGUCACUCUCAGUGAAUUCAAGCAUGGUACCGUGAUAGCGUGGUACCAUGAUAGGUUGCCACCUGUGCAAUAAGCCCAUGCAUGAAAUUUCCUUGCUACUAAAUAUUCCCCAGGCAACUGUUAGUGGUAUUAUAACAAAGUGGAAGCAACUGGGAACGACACGUAAAAUCACAGAGAGGGGUCAGCAUGCACGCAGUGCGCAGAAGUGGCCAACUGUCUGCAGAGUCAAUAGCUAAAGACCUCCAAACUUUGUGUGACCUUCAGAUUAACACAACAACAGUGCAUAGAGAGCUUCAUGGAAUGGGUUUCCAUGGCCGAGCAGCUACAUCCAAGCCUUACAUCACCAAGUGCAAUGCAAAGUGUCGGAUGCAGUGGUGUAAAGCACACCACCACUGGACUCUAGAGCAGUGGAGACAUGUUCUCUGGAGUGAACAAUCACGCUUCUCUGUCUGGAAAUCCGAUGGACGUGUCUGG